CGGGGGCGCGGCCCCUCAGGGCGCUCCCGGCCCGCAGCGGGCACAGCCCGGGGUCGGCGGGAGAGGCGCGGCCUCGGAGGGGCGGGAAGGCGAAGCGAAGGCCGCCGAGCCCUUUGGCGCUGGGCAGCUGCCAACUGAGGGGGCGCGCGGCGGGGCGCAGCGCGGAGCCGGCCCCGGCCCCGGUGCCCACUCGGCUCGGUGGAGAGCGGCGGGGGGGGGCACCGCUCCUCCCACCGUCCCGUGAGGCGGCGCGUGCUCUCCCUGCAGCACCGGCGCUCGUAGCGCAGGCCGAGGGUCCGCCCGUGCCCAGGUGCCGCCGCAGCCGAUGCCCGCCGUGCUGUGGCGCUCAGCGGAUCCGGGAUGGACGCGACCGAGCGCCGAGGCGGCAGCGCGGAGCACGGCGCGGCCCGGGCCUGGGCUGGGGCCGGGCGGGAGGCGGCGGCGCCCAGGGGGGCUGCGGACGCUCGGUGCGCGGCGUGCGCGGGAAGCGGCCCCGGCGGGACCGAGCUGCACAGCCCCGAGUCCGGCGGCAAAAAAGCCAACAGUGAGCAGCUGAAUUGGAGCCAGUCACACAGAGAUAUGAUGAUGAUGAUCCAAGAAAUGAAAAGGUGUUUGCCUGAGGAGAAAAGGAGUUCUAACAAGCCCAGCACCAUCAGUGCUCUCAACUAUGCCUUGCAGUGUGUCCAGCAGGUCCAAGCAAACAAUGACUUUUUCCAGGCUCUGAAUGACCGAAGAGUGUUUCAGGCAGAUGUGGUGACUUACAGCAUAGAAGAGUUGGUGGCAGUUGCAUCUGAACACACUCCAAAAAACACUGACACAUUUGUGGCUGUGUUUUCUUUGCUGUCUGGACGCAUAGUGCAUAUUUCUGAGCAGGCAGCUUCUAUUCUGAACUGUAAGAAGAAAGUGUUGGACUCCUCCCGCUUUGUGGAGCUGCUUGUCCCUCAGGAUGUGAGUGUGUUCUACACACACACUGAUCAGUCUCACCUGCCCCUUUGGAACAUGGAAAGUCAAACAGCCUCUCCAUAUGAAUAUGCCCAGGUGAAAUCCUUUUUCUGCAGGAUCAGGGGUGGGAAAGAUCAAGAACAAGAAGCACGUUGUUACCCCUUCCGAAUCACCCCGUACUUGGUCCACGUGUGCACUUCUGUCCAUGUGGAUGCAGAGUCCUGCUGCUUAGCUUUGGCUGAGAAAAUCCACUCUGGAUAUGAAGCUCCUCGAAUUCCUAUGGAUAAAAGAAUAUUCACCACCACACACACCCCUGGAUGUGUUUUUCUGGACAUAGAUGACAGAGCAGUGCCUUUGUUGGGUUACUUACCUCAGGAUUUAAUUGGAACAUCCAUACUGAUGUAUUUGCACCCAGAAGAUCGUCCUUUGAUGAUCACUAUUCACCGGAAAAUACUGAAAUUUGCUGGCCAACCCCCUUUUGAACAUUUACCUAUUAGAUUUUGUACUCAAAAUGGGGAUUAUGUCAUACUGGACACCAGCUGGUCCAGUUUUGUGAAUCCUUGGAGCAGGAAAGUUGUGUUCAUCAUUGGCCGACACAAAGUCCGGACAAGCCCUCUGAAUGAAGAUGUCUUUGCCCCAAGAAGUAAAGAAACGAGCAGCGUGGAGAAAGAGAUAAGAGAAUUACAAGGACAAAUUUACAAACUGCUUCUGCAGCCAGUUCACAGCAAUGUUUCCAGUGGUUAUGGAAGCCUUGGAAGCAGUGGCUCUUAUGAGCACUACAUCAGCAUAGCAUCUUCAAGUGACUCCAAUGGGAACUGUGCAGAGGAAACACAGGAACCAAUGACAUUGCAACAAGUUUGUGCAGAUGUCAACAGAAUAAAGAACCUGGGGCAGCAGCUGUACAUUGCAUCGAGGAGCAAGCCACAGAAUGCAAAUGAACAGGCUGUGAGCUCCGAAGUUUUGGGAGGGAAGAGGCAUCCUGCUUCCUGUUUUCUUCAGACACUGAGAGGGGAUAGCACAGAACCAGGAAACACAUUUUAUGAUGAUCCAAAGAAGACUCCUCAUGUUCCUUCCUAUCAGCAGAUCAAUUGUGUUGAUAGUAUCAUCAGAUAUCUAGAGAGCUGCAGUAUUCCAGCAUUGAAAAGGAAAUGUAAAUCUUCUGCAAACACAUCAUCGUCAUCUUCAGAAGAUGACAAACAAGUCCAGCAAAGUCAGCAGCAAGUCAGGGCAUUGGAAGAUACUGCUAUGCUGUCAGCAGUUGAGUCCCACACGCCAAUAUCUGCUGGUCUGGAAGAGACGCUGAAAGACCAGACAACUGCAGGCAUGGUGGGAGCUCCUCUGGCAGACCUGACCCUGUCCAACAAGGCUCCAAGUGUCAUAUCUGUCACCAGCCAGUGCAGCUACAGCAGCACUAUAGUGCAUGUCCCACACCCUGAAUCAGAAGUGACUACGAUGGAGGAUGCUGCUGUUGGAAGUGAACAAAUUGAGCUGCCUCCUGUGAAUGCUCAGAGUCUCACAGUGCUGCCUGAAGACUUUAGGCCGGUUGGGCUGACAAAAGAGACGUUGUCAGCCCACACUCAAAAGGAGGAGCAGAACUAUGUUGACAAGUUCAGACAGAGGGUCUUGCUCUCUCCGUUUAGGACCUACCUUCAACAAGGAAGUGGAAGUAACAACAGACAUUCCUGUGGCCAAGGUGAUUCCCCUUCAAAGCAGAUGAGCCCAGCUAACUGUAAAAAAGGAAAACAUGGAAAAUUCAAGCGCCAGAAACCUCAGAGACAGUGCUCAGAUAGCCACUCUACUAGUAAAAAUAGAAAUAGUCUUCCAUGUGAGAAGAGAACAAGUCAGAAACAGUUGUUCUCUCCCUCAGAAGUGUCCUAUCUGAGCUCCUCCAAUCUGAAUGUCCAUCCUCCUGUGGGAUUUCCUGCCUAUUUGAACCCAGUGUCUACUUUUCCAGCCUCUUCUGGAGGAGAGCAGCUUGCCCUUCGCUCAUCACAACCCCAGUCCAUGUCUUCAUCACAGCUAUGCUGUGGACCACAGUCAUACCCAGUCUUUUAUCCCCCAAACAUAGGCACAUUUAUGGCUGUAUUUUUUCAGGGUUUCCCCAUGUAUGCUCAGAUGCCUCAACAUGUCUUUCUCCCUAGCCCUCAGUGUGUUUAUCCCCCUUCUUCAUAUCCAUGCACCAUGUUACCUCCAGCACCCCCUCCUUGUGCUCCAUCACCUGUAGCACCAUGCUCUGUGGAUCAGCCCUUUCCAGCCUCUCCUCACUCAUCUGUGGAGGACCAGCAAGAGGGCCAGUGUCACCAGGCCCUGCUGCUGAGCAGCUCAAGGAGCAGCUCCCCACUUCAGCUGAAUUUGCUUCAAGAAGAGCUGCCAAAACCUAUGGAACUUUCCAUUAGUGCUGAUGUUAAGCCACAUGCAGAAGAUAAACACGAUAAUGAUCCAGAAGAUAAUGGUAAAACUGCUGCUCUUGAAUUUCCUGACCGCUCCUUGUUUGAGGACUCACAGUUGGGUUCAGGCUCAGCAGCAUCAGGGAGUGGAUCAGCUUUAUCUGGUUCUUUAGGCUCUAGCUUCAACGAGACUUCUGGUCAUGGCACAGCAGGUAGUGGGAAAAGCAGCAAGUAUUUUGCCAGUAAUUAUUCUUCUGAAGCUUCCAAAGAAGAGGAGAAUCAGGAAGCAGAAGAAAAAGGGACAGCUUAUAAAUCGAAGCAUGAGUCAGCCUGGGUGAUGAUGGAUCACACACCUGAGAGAUUUCUAAUGAAUUACCAAAUGCCAAACAGAAUCAAAGAGGAAGUUCUAAAGCAGGAUCUGGAGAAGCUGGCAGUCAUGCAGAAGCAGCAGCCUUGGUUCACAGAUGGGCAGAAGAAGGAGCUUGCAGAGGUGCACUCGUGGAUCAGGACCCAGACUGUGCCCCUGCAAAUCAGCACCCAGGGCUGUGUUACGUGUGACAGCAGGGAAGGAAGUUGUGAGGCUGCAGUGGCUGAUGACAGCAUGGAAAACAAGGGAGAGCCACCUCCAGCCCUGCCACGCUGAGGACAUCAGCCCUGUGUCAGUGCCACUGCUUGGUGUCAUUCCCACCCUGUUCCCUCUGGCUUUGCUCCAUGCCAGCAGUGAUCUCCAUGGCCACCUCUUACCAACAUGAGCAGUCACACAUGAAACUCCAUCUCCCUCCAUCACCCCUCCACUCCUGGCAUGACUCUGAAGACAAUCUUUCAGUGGGAGGCUCUUUCACUUUCUGACCUCAUGGAAUGGGUUGUGUUUGUAACCUUUACCUGCUCAAUGAUGAGCAAAAUACAAAGAUUUUUUUUGGUUUGGGUGUUUGUUCUUUUGAAGUUAGCAAGUAAGUGUGAAAAGAUGCAGUGUUUAACAACCUGUGGUGAUGAACCUACUGAUCAGAGCAUGUAAACUCUCCAAGAUGGAUGUAUUGAAGCCCAGCUACAGUACUCUUCAUUUUUGUUCAAUAUAAAGGUCUAAACUAAAGAUCCAAAUAAUCUGAGGCUCUGAAAUUGAAGUAGCUGGUUUGAGAAUCCAGUGAGCUUUUUAAAGAGCAGCUGAAACUGGCUGGGUUAUUCUGCAUCAAAUGCCUUUUGCCAGCUUGUGCCCAUCGAAAAGAAGUAAACUGAAGUGGAAAAAAAGCAAAUUAUUCCCUAUGUUUUUUGUGAUGUGUGUUUUGGAGUCAAGUUGUUUUACAGCUUUUGAUUUUAAAGCUGUGUUUAUCAAGACAGAUAUAUAAACUAAUUAAGGAUAACUGGUUUGCAAGUACAGCAGAGAUGAAAUUACAUACAGUAAUUAAAAAAAAACAACCGACCCAAAAGUAUCAAUCCACAGGCUCUGCUUUUUAAAAGCAGACCCAUGGAAAAUUUUCUCUCUCAAGGCAAGUAGUUAUCAAUUAAAGUAGUUACAUGCAAUCUUUUAUCUAAUAUUGGUAGUGCUUGGGAAGAUGGGUUUGUAUCUUAAUGUUUUCUUUGUUGAGUGGUUGGAGGAGUUGAAUCCAGACAUAACAAAUAGGAAAUCACUUAAGCAGUUUCUCUGAUUUGUUUUUGUUGUGGUGAUGCCAAAACCAAAAAGGAUUUAUUUCAUUUCUUCUGCUUUCAAAACUCACAUGUUGUGGAGGUAAACCUGAGCAUCAAACCAUAUAUUCAUUAUUUCUUAGCACUGUUGACUUCCUGCAUAAGAUUUAACCUCUUUGAUUGUAACGGAGUCUCUGGCUGUUGAAACCCAUGGGUGAAAAAGGAGUUUUCAGAAUGUGGUAACCACUUCCAGUAUGUAAAAGGACUUGUUCUUAUUAAUAUCUCAAAGUGCUCUUCAAACAGGACAUGCUUGGCUGAAAACCCCGGUAAAUUUUGUCUGAUUUCCCCUCUGUUUAUCAAAAGCUGGAUGUAAUCAGAUUUUCCUUGUGAUGUUAUUACUCACCUUGGCUUUCUCAGCAAAGAGUUUUAGAAUGUAACACAUUAUUUACCCUUUUGUUCUGUGUAAUCCCUUUGCUGCUGUGUGAAAUAUUUUCAUUUCUCUAUUUUCAGUUACUGGUAAACUUAAAGUAAAAUACUGUGAUCUGCAGGUCAUUGAAGGAAAACUAUAUUUAUCUAAAGGUUUCUUUACUUGCAAAAGUCAAUCCAGUGACAAUCUUUCUUGUGAAAGUUUAUUUUAGAGAAAGUUAUUUUUACAGAAUUUUGAAUUUUCAAGGCUAAUUUGGCUCAGGCAGAGUUCUUUUUAUGGAUUUUGGGUUUUUUCAGUGUUUUUGCCUGCUCUGUUUAUACCUGUUAGUUUCUAUUUAUUCUCAAGCUACAUUUCUUUGUCUUUCAGUUUUCAGCUUGAACUUGUUUUUUUUUCUUGUGUUGUAAAUCAGCAGAGGUCCACACAUCCUCAGUACUGCUUGUGUUCAAAUUUCAAGCACCUCUUAAAAUAAGAGACUUCAGUAGGUGUUAACAUGUAGCAGGUCAUGUAUUCAAGUAGGAAGAUGUGGGCAAUAUCUUACACCUUUCCUAGUCUUUUUACAGCAUUUUCCAAACAUGUUAUUCUGCUUUAUGAGCAUGCUGCCUAAAAUAUUUGCUCUAAAACAUGUAAUCAGAUACUUUGUGUAAGGGUUCUUUCUUGAUUGGGAAGCUUCUUAACUUAUCUGUCAAAUUAGACUUAUUCACUAGAAUUCAUUCUACUUAACUGUGAUUAAAUUAAAAUGAUUGCUUCAAUGCAUUUUGAGAUUUAGUGAAAUAGAUUAAAUUGAAUAUUUCAGUUAAGGGCAGCUGUGUCCUUCAAAAUAGCUUGGAACCCUAGGCCAGAAGGAAAGUUAUGAUUACAGUAGACUCUUUUGUGUACAUUAUUUUUGUUUCCUGAGUUAGAAAGUUUUGUUUAUUUCCCAAGUAUGAAAAUGAGCUGAUUUGCAAUGUCUUAGCAGGCAGACAUGUCAUCUCUUUUGUAAAACAGUGAGAAUUAGUUCAGGAGAAUGGCAAUAUGUACCUAACACUUGAAUAAUGCUUUUGCUCCAUAGGUCCAUGAACAUGUCAAAAAGAUGACUAUUAUCAUCCCAGCUGUAUAAAGAGAGGCAGAGACACAAAGGUGCAUACUCACAGUUUAUUCCAAACUCAGGAGUAAAAUUUGGGAGUCUUCACUUGCUGUAUCCUGUGCUGUCUUUGCUGCAAGUGCUCAAGGUUCUGUAUGUAGGAACCUGAUCAUGUUACCUGUGUUUCUUGUUUGGAGAUGUUAACCCUUGUUGUACCCCCUGCUGCUGUGAAUUUGUGCCCAGUAGAAUCAUUGAGCAACAGCCCAGACAGUUUUUGAAUUGCUGUGAACACCACAGCCCCUCUGGCCAUAUAUAAUGAAGAUUCAUGUGCCUGGGAGUUUGAAUUCCAAGUUUGUAAUCCUGGCUAAAUCUUGGGUGCAGGAUUCCUUCUCUGGGGCUACACAUUUCCUGGGUUAUGAAAAAAAUUAUGGUGUAGGAGAAUAAUGUAAGAGGAGUGAACAGAUGAAUCAGUGCCCUGUGUGAUGAUAAGACAAUUGUUUGCCCAAAAAUCAAAUGGUCUUGGCUGCAAAAUUAGCAGGUUUUAUUCCCUUAGGAUAAAAAAAUCCCAAACUUUCCAAGGUACUCUUUACCCUGCUAGAACCACAACUUCAUCUUGCAAUGAAAUGCCUUAUCAAGCCUUUGACCUCAUUUCCAUAAGUUUUCAGGAACUGGCAGUUUUUACUUCAGCUUGUACUCAUCUUUCAGUCUCUGUAGUGUGCUGGAGUGAUCACAGCAAGAUGCACUUCUGAUCAGAAAGGCCAGUGGAGGGAGUGUUGCAGCUGGAAUUGCACCUGCUGUUUUGUUUCUGUGGCUUUGUUUUGCCUGGCAAAAUGUUGCAGACAGUUUAGAGCUGCUUGGAAAAUCACUUAUUUAGUGGUCAGAGGGAAAACAUGCUGGUACAGCACUGAUGCAGUUACUGCCCCCUGUGGGGGUGUCAGCAGUUUGGAAACCCUCAGAGGAUUUCGCUGGCAAUUUUUUUUUUGUUGUUGUUGUUGUAUUCAUAAAUGUAGAAUUAUGUUCUUAAAGGAUGAGUUGUUGUGCAGAUAUUUUCAUGGCAUUGCUAUGAACAGAAGGGACCCUCAUGUAUUUUUACAGUGUGGUAAAUACUUGCUGAAUGAGUAAUGUAUUGGUAAAUUUAUCUUCCAGCUCAAUCCAGUUUUGAAUCACAAUUGAAUGAAUUUUUACAUCAGUUGGUAGGAGUAUUUUAUUGAAACAAUAUUCAGCUGUGGUUGAAUUUACAGUUGUGAUUUUAACUGUACACUUUAAAGGAGCAUCUGAUUUUAUAAAUAAAACUGAAAAAUAUGCUGUAAAGAA